AUGGCGAACGGCGGCACGAAACAUGAGCGACUGGAGUCAGAGGUGCGGGACAUGAAGCUCAAAGAGGAAGACUCGGACGUGGAUAUGGACACUGUCGCCCCAGCCGACUCGGAGGACGAGGCCUCAGCUUCUGCCAGUGGUGCGGCCACACCAUCUGGCAUCAAGCGACAAUCACGGUCACCCACCAAGCGGCAGCGCUUCAUGGACUCGCCGGCUACCAAGUCCGAGGAAGAGGAGACCAUCGGCGGCGAAGUCACCCUCAAGCUGGAGCCAGGUAAGCCGCCCAAGCUGGCACGCUCAACUUCGCACAAGGUCGAAAAGCGCCCAGCACCACUAUUCUUCGACUAUGAAGACAAGACGCCGGAAGCCAGGAAGACCUUCGACAUCCUCGAGCAGUGCACUUAUGCCAACAAAUACCUGGGCACCACCGAACAUGCGCUCGAGUGCGACUGCGCUGAAGAGUGGGAUACAUCGACUCGUUCCAAUCAUGCCUGCGGCGAAGACUCUGACUGCAUCAACCGCGCGACCAAAAUGGAAUGCGUCGGGGAUUGCGGGUGCGGCACCAACUGCCAGAACCAGCGCUUCCAGCAGAAGCAGUACGCCAACGUCACGGUCAUCAAAACCGAGAAGAAAGGCUACGGACUUCGAGCGAACACCGAUCUUCGAGCGAACGACUUCAUCUUCGAGUACAUCGGCGAGGUCAUUGGCGAAAAUGUCUUCCGCCGCCGCAUGCAACAAUACGACGAAGAAGGUAUCAAGCAUUUCUACUUCAUGUCCCUGACCAAGGGAGAAUUCGUGGAUGCAACGAAGAAAGGAAACCUGGGCCGAUUCUGCAAUCACUCUUGCAAUCCAAACUGCUAUGUUGACAAAUGGGUUGUUGGUGACAAGCUGCGCAUGGGCAUCUUUGCUGAGCGCAAAAUCCGUGCCGGGGAGGAACUCGUCUUUAACUACAACGUUGACCGAUAUGGAGCGGAGCCACAACCAUGCUACUGCGGAGAACCCAAUUGCACUGGAUUCAUUGGCGGCAAGACUCAGACGGAGCGCGGCACCAAACUGUCAAACACCAUCAUCGAGGCUCUUGGUAUCGACGAUGCGGACGCAUGGGAUACGGCUGUGGCGAAGCGGCCUCGCAAGAAGAAGGCCGGUGAAGACGACGAGGAGUAUGUCAACAACGUCGAGCCUAGAGGUCUCGACGAAGAAGGCGUCAACAAAGUCAUGUCUUCGCUCAUGCAGUGCAAGGAGAAGUGGAUUGCUGUCAAGCUGCUCACCCGCAUUCAGCGUGCCGACGACGAGAAGGUGCGAAAUCGUGUCGUGCGCUUCCACGGCUAUCGAAUACUCAAGACUACUCUGUCCAACUUCAGCGACGAUGUCAACGUCUGCAUGCAGAUUCUGGACAUUCUCGACAAGAUGCCGCGACUUACUCGGAACAAGAUCCAGGACUCGAAGAUCGAGGACGCGGUGAAAGAGCUCAUAGACCACGAAGACGAACGGGUGGCCUCUCAUGCGAAAACGUUGCUGGAUGCCUGGGCGAAGUUGGAAGUUGCGUACCGGAUACCACGGAUGAAGCGCGAUCCAAACGCAGCGGCACCUGACCGAAAGGCUGAGCGCCUUGAUCGUCGCGACGAUGAUAGACGACGCAGCAAAUCAAGGUCAAAGUCCAAGUCUCCGGAGAGAAUACAAGCCCCCAGUGGACCUCGAAGCAAUGCUCCUCAACGGGCGCCCGGCUAUCGACCUCCUCCUCGAGGCCGUCCACCACCUCCCAGUGGCCCCCUGCCCGCUGGCUGGUUUCAGGCCAACGCCGCGAAUGGCAAUACAUACUACUACAACUCGAGUGGUGUCACCACGUGGCAGAGACCUACAAUUCCCGCUGCCACAGCACCACCACCUCCACCACCGAAAGCUGUCUCUGACCAGCAAAUGCUACAGGACCUCAUCAAGAACAUUGUCGCGACAAAGAAAGAGACAGUGAAGCAGCCCUCGGCGGCUGCGACACCAGUCGAAACUCCGAAGAAAGAACGCAAAGAGGACAAAUGGCGGUCAUUACCAGUGGAAAAGCAGAAGCGGUUAUACGAGAGUGCUCUCCAACCGCAUGUCAUGCAUGUGGUCGGCAAGUACAAACAUAAGCUAGCCAAGGAUGAUCUCAAGCGUUGGGCCAAGGAGUUUGCCAAGCAGAUGGUCGAAUCCGACUUCAAGAAGGGCCGUGUUGAGGACGCGAAUAAGAUCAGCGACAAGAAGGCCAAGGAUGUCAAGAAGCACGCUCAGACAUUCUUCGAGAAGGCAGUCAAGAAGAAGGAGGCGGCUGAUCAGAAGAAGUCUGACAAGAAAGCGAAGAAGGACGACGGCAGCCACACGCCAGAGGGGUCACCAGCGGCACCUGGCAGUCCCGUUCUUGUUGAGGACGACGACAUGAUCGAAGACGCAACUCCAUUGGAGGCAAGCCAGAGUCCUGCUACACUCAAGCGACGAUAUGAAGAGUUGGCACAAUCAGCAGAUGAUGAUUCCAUUCUCAAGAAGCAACGAACUGGCCCUAUCGACGCGCCUCCUCCUCCGCCACCUCCGCCACCAGGGGACGAAGAGAUGGAUGAUACCACACCAACAGGGAAUGAUGGAUUGACUGCCGACUCUGACAUGGGAUUUUCUAUCAAGGGCGCUGCCUCUUCGCAAAGCCGUCCCGUCUCGAGGAACGGAGAACAUGCACUGGCCACGCCUCCAACCACUGGCUCACCGGACCGCGACGACACCGAGAAGACGCAGCAGCGCGCCAACUUCGCGGGUAUGAAUCCGGAUAGAAUGCGGCAGCUCGGCAUCAUAGAUGGCGCGAAUCGGUGA